CGGCGGCCGAAAAAAGGCGUCUACUGAGGGAAAGACGGCAAGCCAAGCUUGCAGCUACAUCUUCUGACAGACUGGGGAAAAUUACUGGCACUGUGGGGUCUCAUUUGCCAACAGAAUCACCGUUGUCUGCUGAGGAUCCUGCAGUGUCAGACAUAAGCGAGGCGAUGACUCCUGCCACCGACGGAAGUAGCGGUGACGCAGAGCUGUCGAUGGACAAGUUAUUAGAAAAUAUGCUAAGCCAAAGCCACAACCACGAUGUGCCGUCCAUUCUGCCUGAGGAUUUCAUGAAGACCAUGUCGUCUAUUCUCCCUUCAAUGAACGAUGAGUCCUCAAAGCCGACACCUGCAUCACAGAAGAAACUGUCAGAUCAAGAGACUCGGCUUGAUGAGUACAACAGGUACCAACUACGAAAGUUCAGACUUGGCUUUACGGUCCUCAGAUUUGUGAGUGUUCUCACGCUGGUUUACUUCAGACUCGUGGGGUACACUUUGUUCUACCCGUCAUUUGAGCGUCUAGAUCACGGGUACGGCAAGGUAGAUCUAUGGAACUGGUUCACCAUUCUCGAAGUGUUAUAUUCGGUGGUCUACGUGCUCGUUUACAGGUAUCUUCCUCAAACACGGGAGAACUCUAUUUUCAGCAUCAUCGAAGGGUUUGUGCCACAGCACUACCGCGGCCGGUUUGAGAUGGUUGUCAAGUACAGGGACGUUGUUGUGUUUUGGAUCAACGACUUGUCGGUCCUUAUUUUAGCGCUGGGCUGUCUAGCGUGGCUCAAUAAUUAGAAAAGCA